CGUCGGCGCUGCGUGGCUCUGACAGGUGAAUGAACCGGGAGGUGAACAGAAAGAAAACAUGGCUCGUAGUUUUCUGUGCAGAGCUGCUGGAGUCCUGCAGCUCAGCAGGACGACACCGAGGACUGACUGGAGACGAUUUUACUGUCAGACAGAGAAGGAGCCGCUGACAGUCCGCCAACAAAACAACGGAAUAAGGAGAAUAAUACUGAACAAUCCCAGAAAGAGGAAUGCUCUGUCGUUGUCCAUGCUGGAGUCCCUCAGAGAAAACAUCCUGACUGAUGUCGACAGCGAUGAUCUCAGAGUUAUUAUUAUAUCAGCCAAAGGUCCGGUGUUUUCCUCUGGACAUGACUUGAAGGAGCUGACGUCAACUCAGGGCCGAGAAUAUCACACACAGGUCUUCCACACUUGUGCAGAGGUAAUGACUCUGGUACAAGAUAUACCUGUUCCUGUAAUAGCCAUGGUGAAUGGCGUUGCCACAGCAGCAGGUUGCCAGCUGGUUGCCAGCUGUGACAUCGCCGUGGUGACGGAAAAGUCCACCUUCGCCACUCCAGGUGUCAACGUGGGUCUGUUUUGCUCGACGCCGGCGGUGGCCAUUGGCAGAGCUGUGCCGAGGAAGGUCGCCAUGGAGAUGCUGUUCACAGGAACUCCCAUCUCAGCCCAUGAUGCUUUGCUGCACGGUCUAGUCAGUAAGGUGGUGCCAGAAGAGCGACUGGAGGAGGAGACGUUAGCCAUCGCCCAGCGGGUGUGUCAGGCCAGCCGACCUGUCGUAGCCCUCGGCAAGGCCACUUUCCAAAGACAAAUGGCUCAAGGUCGAGAUGCAGCGUAUGCCACCGCCUCCAAGGUGAUGGUUGACAACCUGGCUCUGAGAGACGGACAGGAGGGGAUCCGAGCCUUCAUAGAGAAACGCAAGCCAGUGUGGAGCAAUAAAACAGAAAAAGCCCAUGACUGAUGGACUAUUGGACAGGCCUUAAGUCCUAGGAGAUCACUGCAAUGAUCUGGUGGAUAUCCUGAUUGGUGCCGCUGAUUUUCAAUUAUUGGUGUGGUAUAAUCAGUGCCAGCCCUGAGUCAGAGUUCAGGCUACAACUGUUAAAAUGUACAUGUGUAAUUAGGAAGAUCAGAAAAAAUAUAGCAGAACUGAAGUUUUAA